AUGGAGUCCAAAGAUAACUCUAGCUCAAAUAAGCGGGUCACAGCUCCACAGCCUGUUGAUCAAGAGAAGGAGGAGGAUAUGCGACAACAGAAGAUCCAGACAAUUGAGAAAAUGUUAUCAUUGCAGCAAGAAGAAUGUGAGAAAGUACGGAAAAUUUACAAUAAAUAUCCAUCAGAAAAAGUACAGGGAGAGUUAAAUGAGAAAGAAAAAACAGUGCGUACUUUGGAAAAUCAGCUGCGACAGAUGACUGGAGAAUAUCAGACUGACUAUACUGGAUUGGGAUUACCGGAGACUUUGCCAGCCAGGCUGCCAGGGGGGUCCAAACACAUUAAACACGGCUCCGUUCCAGCCUCCAUCUACAAAACAAGAGAUGUAGUAGACAUUCGGGACAUCAGUGUGUCUCGCUCAAAGUCGGAUGCAUCCAGCAAACACAGCCAGGUUGCUGCUGGAGGAGGCUCUGACCCCAGCUACCCCCUGCUCCCAUCUGGAUAUCACCAAAGAGACUUCAUCAAGGAGCGUUCAUCUUUACCUAUUAGUUCAUCAGACAUAAGUAGCUCAUGUGAUUCUCCUCAGGCAAGUCCAAGCAAUUCACCCACUCCAAUACAUCCAACAAAUAUGAACUGGUCAAAUGUAGAUGCUGAGGACUUUGCUUCCAGUUCUCACAUCAUGUGCUUUGAGGAUGAUGACCAGGAUGAAGAAUCACAAGAAGAAAAUGAAGACUAUAAACCGUUCCAGCAUUUACAAGAAGUUGAAAAAAGAAAAGCAUAUCUUUCUAUUCUAUUACAUUACCUCAUUUCUAAUGAUGAUCCUUCAGCUUUGUUUUUUUAUGUAAUAACUGAAAUAUAUGCCUCAGCUCCUGGCAAUCCCAAAGAAUUACGAAAAUGGGCCUAUGAAAUAUAUUCCACAUUUUUGAUCCCUGAAGCUCCCUUGAGAGUAACUGUUGAUGAGAAAUUUAUAAAGACAAUUGAUGAUGUUCUCAACACAAAAAGUGACAAAGAAGAUUGUCUUCGAUGUAUAUUCCAACAAAGUCGAUAUGAUGCUCAAUCUGCUGUCAAAUGUAUGCUGAAAGAGUUUUGGAACAAACAGAAAUUGGGUCUUGGUAAUAUUUAUGGGGUUGAUGAACUUAAACUCAACCUGGAUAAAAGUCAAGAAGCCAAAAUUAUUGAAAAACACCUCAUGCCUCACAUGGAGAAUUUCAUGGAAGACAGAGCCAAAUCUGCACGUGAUCAGGCACAGGGUUGGGCUCUGGCCACUUUUCUUCGCCAUGUUGGAGUUCCAAAGCCAUCAUCCCAUAGUAAUAUCUUGGAGCGAGUACAAAGUUUUGUGAUGAAAGAACGCAAAGAAAAGGGUAUCAAGCUCCCUGGCAGCAGGUCUAAAACUAAAACCCAUCGCAACCAUCAGUAUGUACCCCAGCAUUAUUAUGUGUUGACUGAAUGUGUACACUGUCAUAGUAUUAUAUGGGGUGUUGGUUAUCAAGGAUACCAGUGUAGUAAUUGUGAGCAGAAUGUUCAUAAACAGUGUAUUGAAUUAGUUGAUGUAUCAUGUGCCCCGGUGAAAAAGAAGAAUACAAAACGGACUUCUGGCUUGAUGGAUAAAUGGGGACGUAAACCUAGCAGCAUAAGUGAUCGACGAGAAUCAUGCAGUCCAACCCAGGUGGGAGUUUCCGCAUUUCAAUCUAGUAACACAGAUGAAGACUGUGAUCCGGAACAACAUUCAGUAAACAACUUGGUCCAGAGGUUUGAGAAGAAAAGUCCUGGUGAUAGUGAAGAUGAGCGUCAUAAACGAGGAACUGAUCUGGGCAGGUCAGAGAGUUUGAAAGACAGGCCUGAUCCGAAGGGUGAUCGGCGAACAAGGAGGGCAAAAAGUGAUGUAGAAAUGGAUGAAAAUACAAUGAAGGCACUUAAUAACUCUGGCAGCUCAUCCACGUCAAGUCUACAGUCUGGCAGGUUUGUUAUCAUCUAUAUUCUUUAUUCUCUUUAUAUUCUUUCUCUCAUCUAUUCAUUUUUCUUUUUUCUCCCGUCUUCUCUUUUCUCCCGUCUUCUCUUUUCUCCCGUCUUCUCUUUUCUCCCGUCUUCUCUUUUCUCCCGUCUUCUCAUUUCUCCUUUUCUCUUCUCUUUUCUCCCGUCUUUUCUUCUCUUUUCUCCUUUUCUCUUCUUCUUCUCUUUUCUCCUUUUCUCCUUUUCUUCUUCUUCUCUUUUCUCCUUUUCUUCUUCUUCUCUUUUCUCCUUUUCUUCUUCUUCUCUUUUCUCCUUUUCUUCUUCUUCUCUUUUCUCCUUUUCUUCUUCUUCUUCUCUUUUCUCCUUUUCUUCUCUCCUUUUCUUCUUCUCUUUUCUCCUUUUCUUCUUCUCUUUUCUCCUUUUCUUCUUCUCUUUUCUCCUUUUCUUCUUCUCUUUUCUCCUUUUCUUCUUCUCUUUUCUCCUUUUCUUCUUCUUCUUCUCUUUUCUCCUUUUCUUCUUCUUCUUCUCUUUUCUCCUUUUCUUCUUCUUCUUCUUCUCUUUUCUCCUUUUCUUCUUCUUCUUCUUCUUCUCUUUUCUCCUUUUCUCUUCUCUUUUCCCUUUUCUCCUUUUCUCUUCUCUUUUCCCUUUUCUCCUUUUCUCUUCUCUUUUCCCUUUUCUCCUUUUCUCUUCUCUUUUCCCUUUUCUCCUUUUCUCUUCUCUUUUCCCUUUUCUCCUUUUCUCUUCUCUUUUCCCUCUUCUCCUUCUCCUUUCUCCUUUUCUCUUCUCUUUCUCCUUUCUCCUUUUCUCUUCUCCUUUUCGUUUGUUUCUGUUGUCUUUCCUCUUUCUCCCUCUUUCCCUCUCCUUUUUUCUCCCACUUUCCCUCUCCUUUUUUCUCCCACUUUCCCUCUUUAAUAAUUAA